AUGGGGGAACAACAAGGCAUUGAGCAAGUUCUUGGGAAGCUGGUGGAACUGCUUACAGCGAAGAAAGAUGAGGCUCCAUCUUCAAGCAAGGAAGUUGUAUCAUAUAUGGAACCUGUCCAGAAAAUUGAGCUAAUGCCAAAUGACAUUAAAUUGGAAGGCGUUAGGAACUACUUGCCUUGGUCAAGAAGGGCAAUAUUAUUACUAAAGGCAAAGAGACUUGAAGGUUUUGUCACCGGAGAAUCGAUUGAGCCAAAAGACAAGUCAAGCAAUGACUGGAAAACAUGGGAGGCUAUAAACUCUCUGGUGGCUGCAUGGUUGUUGAGCUCUUUAUCUCCUACCAUAGCAGGCUCCGUGGAUACUAUCACGAGUGCAGCUGGAAUAUGGGAGGCCUUGUCAAAGAUGUAUUCAGGAGCUGGUAAUGUGAUGCUAUUAGCUGAGACUGAGGACAGAAUUAGUACUAUGAAGCAGGGGGAGCUUUCCUUGAUGGAUUAUGUUGCAGCUUUGAAGCGGCUUGUGGAUAAAGAAAUGGAUAGAAAAAAGAAGGGUUCUUCAAUUCUUGAGAGGCCUGAAUCCAGAUUUUGA